AUGUCUGCCCCGACCUUCCAGAGUUCCUUCAGUGUCACGCACAUUGGCACCGCCACGGCGAUCUUUGAGAUCGACAAUGUCAAAUUUCUUACCGAUCCGUUUUUCUCUCCAGCCGGCACAAAAUGGGAUAUGGGCGGUGGCAAUGUUCUGGAGAAUACCGAAACCCCUGCCCUUAGUCUCGAAGACUUACCCGCCAUCGACGCUAUUCUCCUUAGCCACGAAGACCAUCCUGAUAACCUGGACAGCUUUGGUCGCCAACUGCUAAAUGGUCGUCAUGUGUUCACUACUGUGGACGGCGGAAAGAACCUCAGUCCUCGCCCGGCCGUUCGUGGCAUGAAGCCAUGGGAAACCGUUUCUGUGAUGCUGGGAGGUCAAAAAUAUGACAUCACUGCUACGCCAUGCCAACAUUUACCUGGAGGCGAAUGUAUCGGGUUCAUCUUGACUACAACGGACUUUGGCAUCAGCGCUGACGGUCGCCCUAAUGCGAUCUAUUUCACCGGCGAUACCGUCUAUAUCGAUGAACUCGCCAAAAUCCCUGAGAAAUUCCACAUCGUUGCUGCUGUCAUGAACUUAGGUUCCGCUCAUGCUGCUCUUCCUGAUGGACUGCUCCAAAUUACCAUGGAUGGCAAGCAGGCUUCUCAUCUCUUCCGUACUAUCAAGGCGGACUUCCUCAUACCUAUGCACUACGAGUCAUGGGGUCAUUUCACUCAAUUCGGUCAGGAUCUGAUGGAAGUUUUCAAAGAAGAGGGGAUAUUUGACAAGGUCCGCUGGCUCUCACCGGGCAAGUCCGUCAAGAUUUUGUAA